AUGACUUUUUUAACAAAAUCCUCAUUAUGGAAUGAUAUUGAAUUAAAAGGUAUUUUAUCAUAUAAAACAAUAUUAUCAAUUCAAUCAAAUAUAAAUAAUUCCUUAUCACCAAUAAAUAAUUUAACUCCAAUGUUUAUUCAAUCAUCAAAUAAAACAAAUAAUAAAUUGACAAUAAAUCGAAGUAAAUCAGAUGGAAUUGUUGAAAAUAAUGAUAAAAAACAUAUUAAAUUAAGUCCAUAUACAAUGUUUUAUCGGAAAUUGUAUGAAUAUGUCUUAUCUCGUCUUGAUCUUAUUUGUUAUCGUUUACAUGGAUCUCAAUCAAAUAAAUUUGAAAGAAUCAUUUGGAAUUUAUUUGAAAAUUAUACUCAAUUAUUAUUUCGUUCACGAUUAAUUCAAGUAUAUAAAUCAAUGCCAAAUUCGAAAUUAAAACCAGUUCGAAGUGUUUUUAUUCGUUCAAUUAACAAAUAUGAUUUUGUUGAAAAUGAGAUUUAUAUUCAAUUAAAGAUAUUUAUUCUUUUUUUUCUUCAACAUAAAAAUUCAUGUUUAACACCAUCAAAGGAUAUAUAA